GCCCAUAAUAGGACCUCAUUCUCAUACUCCACACGGAACAUAAUACAAGGGAAACUGAAAGAGCAAAUUCCCAGGAUCGGAGCAAAGUCAGAAGCUCGACGUAAGGUCGAAUACGCAAAAGAAGGGAAUAGAAGUCCAAAGAAAUGUCUACCGACCCAAGCCUCACUCCCCUCCACGAAAAGCUCUUCGAAGAGGGCCUCAAGGUUCGCCGUGAAGUUGUCGGCAACGAGUACGUUGAUCGCGCCCUCGCCGGCGGUUCUACCGAGUUCUCCCGCGCCGGCCAGGAGCUUGUGACAGAGUUCUGCUGGGGGUACGCCUGGACGCGUCCGGGUCUCGAUCGCAAGCAGCGCAGUCUGUUGAACAUUGGAAUGCUCAUGGCACUCAACAGGGCGCCCGAGCUGGCCGUGCAUAUUAGAGGAGCGAUCAAUAACGGUUUGACCGAAAUUGAGAUCCGAGAAGCGAUUUUGCACGCAACGACGUACUGCGGGGUGCCGGCGGGCGUGGAUGCGAUGAAAACCGCCGAGAGAGUGUUAAAUGAGAUGGAAGAAAAGGGAGAGCAUAAGCGGGAGCUGGGCAAGAAGGUUGCUUGAUUUGAGACCUCGUGGCGGCUGCUAUCACCGGGUGGUAGCUCCUUGCAGAUAGAUAUGACGAACUUUACUCAGUACGGAAUACUGAUGUAGAAGGUGAUAAGCAUGACAUCAGAAAUGUCAGCUCUUGAUACUGAAGACG